CUCUUUUCUAUGUACACCAGCUCCCUGGGUCCAAUAAUUAAGGCACAUGGGUUCUCAUACAAUUUUUAUGCAGAUUGAUUUCUCUUUUCAGCCAGAUGACCCCACCAUCUCUGCCUCAGUCUCUGCCUGCUUCUGGACAUCUCUUCAUGGAUGAAAGAGCAUCACCUACAUCUCAACCUCUCCAAGACAGAACUCCUUGUUAUACCAGCCCAGCCAUCAGUUUAACAGCACCUUACUGUUCAGCUCGGAUCCUCAACUAUAACACCCACCAAGUCUGCAAGGAACCUGGGCGUGAUGUUCGACAACAAGCUGAAAUUCACCUCCCACAUCGCAGCAACCUCGAACCUCGAACUUGCAGAUCAUUGAUGAGGAAGACACACAGUUUAUGACACACUGCCCCCCAGCAGUCACAGAAAGCACUCCCCGCAGGAGGACCAGAAUACAGGUGUUCUGGACAGCGCCCCCCUCAGGCAGUGGCUGUGUACUACUGAAGGCUAGCAUUGUUCAGAGAAAGAUCAUCUCAUUUCAGGAUGAAGGUUUCCUCACAAAGCGGAUGUGUGAGAAAGAGCCAAUGUAUGGAGAAUCUACAGACAAGCCUCUGCUGGACUGCUGUGCCUGUGGAACUGCCAAAUACAGGGUGACUUUCUACGGGAACUGGUCAGAGAAGUUGCACCCAAAAGACUACCCAAGGAGAGCUAACCACUGGUCAGCCCUUAUUGGAGCAUCUCAUUCGAAAAGCUAUGUAUUGUGGGAGUAUGGAGGUUAUGCCAGUGACGGGGUUAAACAAGUUGCUGAACUGGGAUCACCAGUCAAGAUGGAGGAGGAGAUCCGUCAGAAGGGUGAUGAGGUGUUGACCGUGUUAAAAAUGAAAGCCCAGUGGCCGGCCUGGCAACCUCUUAAUGUAAGAGCGGCUCCCUCGGCCGAGUUCUCAGUGGACCGCACACGUCACCUGAUGUCUUUUCUGACCAUGCUGGGUCCCAGUCCUGACUGGAAUGUAGGUCUGUCCUCAGAGGAACUCUGCACCAGAGAAUGUGGUUGGGUACAAAAGGUGAUCCAGGACCUCAUCCCCUGGGAUGCAGGGACAGACAGCGGGGUCACUUACGAGUCCCCCAACAAGCCUGCAGAUCCCCAGGAAAAGAUUCGGCCCCUUACAAGUUUAGACAACCCUCAGAGCCCCUUCUACGACCCAGAGGGGGGUGCCAUUACUCCCGUGGCAAGGAUUGUCUUGGAAAGAAUUGCUCGCAAGGGUGAGCAGUGCAACAUUGUGCCAGAUAAUGUGGAUGACAUUGUGGCUGACAUUGCCCAGGAGGAGAAAGAAGAAGAUGAUACUCCAGAGACUUGUAUCUACUCAAACUGGUCUCCGUGGUCGGCAUGCAGCUCCUCAACAUGCGAGAAGGGAAAGAGGAUGAGGCAGAGGAUGCUGAAGGCCCAGCUGGAUCUCAGCGUACCGUGUCCACACACACAAGACUUUGAGCCCUGCAUGGGGCCCGGCUGCAGUGAUGAAGAUGCGUCCACAUGCAUGAUGUCUGAAUGGAUAACGUGGUCGCCAUGCAGCGUAUCGUGUGGCGCAGGGGUUCGAUCUAGGGAGCGCUAUGUCAAACAAUUUCCUGAUGACGGCUUUGCUUGUACACAUUCCACUGAAGAGUCGGAGCCCUGCACUGUCAAUGACGACUGCUCUCCAAGCAGUUGCUUGGUUACUGAAUGGGGCGAAUGGGAUGCCUGUAGUGCCACCUGUGGGCUUGGCAUGAAACGACGGGAGCGCAUGGUAAAAAUGCCCCCAUCUGACGGCUCCAUCUGUGGGGCUGAAGUGGUGGAGGUUGAGAAGUGUAUGAUGCCAGAAUGCCAUACAAUCCCAUGUUUACUCUCACCGUGGUCGGACUGGAGCGACUGCAGUGUGACGUGUGGUAAAGGCACACGGGCACGCCAGCGCAUUCUGAAAUCACCUGCAGAGCUAGGAGAAUGCAACGAGGAGCUGGAACAGAUUGAAAAAUGCAUGCUGCCAGAGUGUCCAAUGGAGUGUGUAAUGUCAGAGUGGUCUGAGUGGUCCGAGUGUAAUAAGGCCUGUGGAAAGGGUCACAUGAUUCGCAGCCGUCAGAUCUUGCUGGAGCCACAGUUUGGAGGCGAGUCAUGCCCUGAGACUGUACAGAGAAAGAGGUGCAAGAUCAAGAAGUGUAGCCAAGGUGGCGCCAACAGCGAAGAGAGAAGGAGACGCAAAGAAGAGCGCAAGAAGAAGAGGAACAAACAGGGGAGAGAGGAGAGCACGGAUGAGCUUGCAGGAUGUAAAAUGAAGUCAUGGUCUAGCUGGACUGACUGCACCAAGCUGUGUGGUGGCGGGAUCCAGGAGCGUCUCAUGACAGCCAAGAAGAGAUUCAAGAAUGUACAACUAACCAGCUGCAAGGACCGAAAAGAGAUACGGGCCUGCAAUGUUCAUCCCUGCUAGGGUUGUGCCACACAGCCGUAUGGGACGGGACGCCAUCCAGAUUGUGGACAGACUGUGGCACACUCUGUGUGGGGUUGUCCAGCUGCAGCAGCUAGUCGGUUCGUUUUUAUUUUCUAGCAUUUAGAGUGACCCAGGCCCUGCCUCGCCUGUAAACAAAAUGAGAAACCAAGAAGGGUGCUGAGAGCAACGCACUGUACAAAUUCAGAUUAAUAUGCAUUAAUACUUGAGAGUAACAGCCCUUGAGGAGCUUUGAAGAGAGAAGUUCUUUUGAAGAUCGAUUUUUCACGAGGACAAGCAUGGCGUAUUAAAGAUUAAUGUGUUCUCACACGAAAAGUAAAACAAAUUUCUCCUUUUAUACUCCAAACACCAUCUUCAUUCACAUGCAAACACUCAUACGCACAGUAAGAUACGCACGACAUCCCACACAGUAAUGACUUUUGAAGUCAAAUUGUCAUGUCAAGUCACUCUGCAAUAAAUGUCAGCGCUCAGAAAGAUUAUUACAAACACGGGCUAGAGGAACCUCUGACAAGGACCCGAUGAUCAGCACCAUUAUGAUCUGGAAUCAAAAUGAUCAGAAGAGCUGCUUUACAUGCAUGAAAUUAAAUUAUUCAAGUGCAUUGCAAUGUUACAAUUACCACAAAUGUGGUAUUUUAAGUAGAAUAUAUUACACAAUUGCUUUCAAAAUUACAUCUAAACUUUGCUCUUCUGUUCAUUUUGAAAUCUCCUGAUAAUUUUAAUAAGGAACAUUCAUUUUUUUAUGCUUAGUGUCACUCAGUUCCUUUACAAUACCAGACAUUUGGACACUCCAAUGAAAAAGUUACCCAAAAUAAUUUUGGGACAUCAUUUUAACUGGUGCUCGUGGCAACCUAAGUGUACAUGACUUUCCUUCUUCACCCGCACCCAAACAAUCAUUUAGGACAUCAUGUGAAAUAUACAACUUCAUUGGAGUGUCCAAACUCUGUCCUGGAUAGCCGCUGUCCUGAAGACUUUAGCUACAACUUGCCUCAACACACCUGCCUGUAUGUUUCUAGUCUGCCUAGUAAAUCUUGAUAUAGUAGUUCAGGUGUGAUUAAUUGGGGUUGGGGCUAUACUUUGCAGGUCAGUGGCCCUCCCGGAGCAGGAUUGGACACCUCUGCAAUAAAUGAUAAAAUAUCAAAGCAAGUGGCAUUUGUAAGCAAAUAAUAAGCCCACAAUAUAACCUUUUCAGAUGUUUUUGUAACAUGAUCAUUUGCAGUUUGCAGUGAUAGGUGCAGUUCAUCACAUUAGACUAUGGCUGUCACAUAAUAUCAGAUUUUUACUAUACGACAAUCGUAGCCUAAAUAAUUAACAUCAAUCUUAUCACAUUUCACAUUUACACAUGAUAUACUUAAUAUGAGUUCAUACGAAAUAGCCACCUCAUAGUUACACGUUACCCGUGUGAUCAGUAUCGGGUGCCAAACAGAUACUGGGGCUGAAAAAUGUACGAUAUCAUUAAUAUCACAUACGUACUGUGUGUGUAAUAAUAUCCAUUAAGUUCAUGGUCAUUGUCAAUACCCUUAUAUUGUGACACCCCUGCUAUAGACAUGUUCAACUAACCCUAAACAAAUAAUGUUGGAAUACUUUUGUCUUGUGACUUCAUCACUGUUUAAAUGUUUAAUGCUUAAUAAAGUAAAUGCCACUGGGUUUGAUAUUUGGUUACGUAAUACAUUGAUAUUCAUUCAUUUUUAAGUGCCAAAAUACUGAUUAGGGGGCAACUGUAGCAUUAACUAUUUUUUUUUUUUUUUUUAAAGAAGAAACAAACAAAUAAACAUAUUACAGGAUUUUGCCGUUUACUGCUUUUGGGGCUUGAUUUGGUUUGAUUAAAACAUGUUUUUUGCCCAGUAGUAUUGUCAUGUAUGCAGACCAAAUGUACAGAAUUAAUUUUGCAAGAUUUCUGUUAACUAGUUGUGGGGAAAUGUAUUCUUGAGUAAUGAAAAUGCUGUAAGCCAGUUCACAUAAGUAAUGAAACGUUGCCGUCGUCUGCUGUGAUGAUUUAUUUCAUGUGUAAUAUUCCUAAGACUAAAAGCACAUAUAACCAGCCAUUCCAGACUUUUAUAUGUCUCAUGUAUGAAACAGAUGCUGUCUAGGACUCACGGAUCUGUAAUGACUUUAUACUGUAACACAUUUAAAUGGGAAUAUGUUUAGUUUGGUGGAUUUUCUUUUUUAAUGUAUGAGGCUUUCCUAAGUUUUUCCUAAGAUUUUUUUAAAUUCUUCUUGCCAAAGCCUUGCGUAUAUGUUUUGUAGUGAUCUCUCUUCUGUUCUCAACUGACAUGAUUCAUAUUUUUUUAAUAUUUCACCUUUACAAUAAAAAAAGAGACAAAGUGCCUAAUUAACGGCCUGGUUAUUUGUCUAAAAGAUUUUUUAAAUGUAGCUACUACAUGUGCUUUGUGGGUUUCAUGCUAUUUUUAGAUAAAAUCAUGGUAUCAUGUGUGCACAUGCAGUACUACCCCACUAAAAGGUCUCCAUUAUCAGACUUGAACCAGGGAACGUUUCACUGUAAUGUGCUUGUGCUUGUGCUCCCCUAUAAAUUCUAACAUUUUAAACCA